GGGCAAAUUCAUUACAAAACAUGAUGAUGGAUGAAGAUAUUGAGCAAGCCACUCUUAUCUCUUACACUGACAAGCCAAGGACUUUUCCAGACAUGCGUAGUAAAACCUACAGUCCAUUGAUAAUCCGGAUUCUGAGAAAUUUAAAUGUUCGUGCCCUUUCUGUUCUUCUGCUUUUGAGCUUUGGAGGGAUCUUUUACAUGGGAGCACGCACUUCUCCCGUCAUUGUGUUCGUCUUUGUAGUAUGCAUCAUCAGCUUCAUGUUGUCAGUAUAUCUGACCAAGUGGGUAUUAGCAAAAGAUGAAGGACCUCCAGAGAUGGUUCAGAUAUCAGAUGCUAUACGUGAUGGAGCUGAAGGAUUUUUCAGAACACAGUAUGGUACUAUAUCAAAGAUGGCGUUCUUGCUAGCUUUCGUGAUUCUUUGCAUAUACUUGUUCCGUAACUUAACCCCCCAGCAAGAGGCUUCUGGUCUUGGAAGGACAAUGUCUGCAUAUAUUACUGUUGCUGCAUUUCUUUUGGGCGCGUUAUGCUCAGGCAUUGCUGGAUAUGUUGGAAUGUGGGUGUCAGUUCGUGCUAAUGUGCGGGUCUCCAGUGCUGCUAGACGAUCCGCAAGGGAAGCAUUACAGAUAGCUGUUCGUGCUGGUGGAUUCUCAGCGCUGGUUGUUGUUGGUAUGGCUGUGAUUGGUAUUGCCAUCCUGUAUUCUACAUUUUAUGUAUGGUUGGACGUGGAUUCACCAGGCUCAAUGAAGGUUACUGAUCUGCCUCUUCUUCUUGUGGGAUAUGGAUUUGGGGCAUCAUUUGUUGCCUUAUUUGCUCAGUUGGGUGGUGGAAUAUACACUANAAUGUACACAAUCAUUUGUUUUAUCUUUUGUGCUGUGUUAUAA